GGCGGCGGUGGCCGCGACCCAAACAUUUAGGACUGUUGUUCUCUCGCCGCAUGCCAGUUUCAGUCAUUUUGUCCAGAGACCAGGACCUGGUCCACUGGUGAGCGGGUGGCUGUAUCCGCCUUCUCUCCCAGUUCCCUAAAGCUACUGCAGAAGCUGGCACUAACACCCUGCGGUUGGUCUCCGAUGCCCUUCAGUGAGGAGGGGGCGUCCGGACUCUGGUGAACACACUCAGGCCCCUCAACGCGGAGUCUCCGUCGGCCCCUCUGGCCCGCACACACUCGUCUGCCUGCCAUGGCUGAAAACGCCGAGGGAGACCUGAACUCCAACCUGCUCCACGCCCCCUACCGCACCGGGGACCCUCAGCUAGACACGGCCAUCGGGCAGUGGCUCCGUUGGGACAAGAAUCCCAAAACGAAAGAACAGAUUGAAAAUCUGUUACGGAAUGGGAUGAACAAGGAAUUGAGAGAUCGCCUUUGUUGCCGAAUGACUUUUGGGACUGCAGGCCUUCGUUCUGCUAUGGGAGCAGGGUUUUGCUAUAUUAAUGAUCUUACAGUAAUACAAUCAACACAGGGAAUGUACAAAUACCUUGAGAAAUGUUUCUCGGACUUUAAGCAGAGAGGUCUUGUCGUUGGGUAUGACACUCGUGGUCAAGUAACCAGCAGCUGUAGCAGCCAGAGGCUUGCUAAACUCACAGCUGCAGUCUUGCUGGCUAAAGAUGUUCCUGUGUACCUUUUUUCAAGAUAUGUUCCUACACCUUUUGUACCAUAUGCAGUCCAAGAGCUCAAAGCAGUUGCAGGUGUGAUGAUUACUGCAUCUCACAACCCCAAGGAAGACAAUGGAUACAAGGUUUAUUGGGAAACUGGUGCUCAGAUCACAUCUCCUCAUGAUAAAGAAAUUCUGAAAUGUAUAGAAGAAUGCAUGGAACCCUGGAAUGGUUCCUGGAAUGAUAAUUUAGUGGACACUAGUCCACUGAAGAAAGAUCCUCUGCAGGACAUUUGCAAGAGAUACAUGGAAGAUCUGAAAAAGAUCUGUUUCUACAGGGAAUUAAACUCAAAGACUACUUUGAAAUUUGUGCAUACGUCGUUUCAUGGGGUCGGACAUGACUAUGUGCAGUUGGCUUUUCAAACAUUUGGUUUUAAGCCUCCAAUUCCAGUACCAGAACAAAAAGAUCCUGAUCCAGACUUUUCUACUGUUAAAUGCCCAAAUCCUGAAGAAGGAGAAUCUGUGCUGGAGCUUUCUCUGAGACUGGCAGAAAGAGAAAAUGCACGGGUAGUUCUUGCUACAGAUCCUGAUGCAGACCGACUAGCAGUGGCAGAACUUCAAGAGAGUGGUCAUUGGAAAGUUUUCACAGGAAAUGAGUUGGCAGCUUUGUUUGGAUGGUGGAUGUUUGAUUGCUGGAAAAAAAAUAAAUCAACAAAUGCUGAUGUGAAGAAUGUUUAUAUGCUAGCCACUACUGUCUCUUCUAAAAUUUUGAAGGCAAUUGCGCUUGAAGAAGGAUUUCAUUUUGAAGAAACAUUACCAGGUUUUAAAUGGAUUGGAAGUAGGAUAAAAAACCUUCUGGAAAGUGGAAAAGAGGUCCUUUUUGCAUUUGAAGAGUCUAUAGGUUUUCUGUGUGGAACUUCGGUUUUGGAUAAAGAUGGGGUGAGUGCAUCUGUUGUUGUUGCUGAGAUGGCAUCUUACCUGGAGACCACGAAUGUAACAUUGAAUCAGCAACUGAUUAAAGUUUAUGAACAAUAUGGUUAUCAUAUGUCAAAAACUUCGUAUUUCUUAUGUUAUGAUCCACCUACCAUCAAAAAUAUAUUUGAAAGGCUUCGCAAUUUUGAUUCUCCAAAGGAAUAUCCAAAAUUUUGUGGAGAAUUUGUUAUCCUCCACAUACGGGAUGUUACCACUGGAUAUGACAGCAGCCAGCCUAAUAAGAAAUCACCUUGUCCAGAUUUUGGCAGUAAUAUUGACUUAGCAGGAUUGUUGUUGAAGCCCAGAGAUGAUGUACGCAAGGUUCUGCCUGUGAGUAAAAACAGCCAAAUGAUUACCUUUACUUUUCAAAAUGGUUGUGUUGCUACUCUUCGGACAAGUGGGACAGAACCAAAGAUAAAGUAUUAUGCAGAGAUGUGUGCACCACCUGACCAGAGUGACAUUACCUUCCUGGAAGAAGAAUUGAAGAAACUCAUUGAAGCUCUGAUAGAAAAUUUUCUUGAGCCCAGCAAGAAUGGACUGAUCUGGCGUUCUGUGUAGGGCACAUCCAUGCAUUAUGACUUUGUACUAACACGUGGAACAAACUACCAAGAACUCCAUGCAUUGAAUCUCCUGUUAGCAUUCUCUAUCUCAUUUGGCCAAGUAUCUUCUUCCUUUCUUUUUCUUUCUUUUCUUUUUGUUCAGCUGACUAAACAAACUGUAUAAAUUUGAAAUGUAAAUGGAAGGAAAUGAAUCAGAUGUUUGAAUCCUUUUGAAUGAAAGUCAUUACAUUAAAAGUGUUCUGGUAACACAUCAUUCUUCCUUUAACAGACAUAACAACAACAAAAGUGAGUUGUCUUAUUGAAGUGUGAUUGAUUAAGCUUAGUAAUCCAUAUCUAGUACUUGUGUAUAGCAUGGUUUUUAAAAAGGCAAUAAAUGUUACCUAAUUAUAGGAUUAGAAAUUAAUCCAUAAAAAUGGAAUAAAUGGUAGUAGUCCUACAUCAUUAUGGAAAAAUGUCAUUGUUACAUCUUAGGUAUUAAUUUAUAAAUUAAAAUAUUUAUAAUAGGGUAUUUAGCAUUUCUAGUUUAGUACAGAUGUUAUAAUAUGUGGUUUCGUAUCUGUUUCUGGUGCCCUUGGUGCAGUGUAAAUUUACUGUAUGUAUUUAAAACUCUGAUGUUUAUGAACAGAAAACAAUAGUGGCAAUAUUCAUAAUGGCUUUGUUCUUGUCAAAUUUCUUAGUGCCUUCUCAAGUCUGAUGUGAACUGAAACAGUGUUCCUGCACUGAAUAUAAUUUUAUCAAUUUUCAGUUACAGAAAAUCUUCCAAACUGUACAGGUACCUCCUCUAUAUCAAGUGAGUGUGUUGAUUUUUAAAUACUAUGAUUGUAUAAGAAGAUCUGAACGAAAGCAAGUUUAAUGUAACUGUUAAGUAUCUUCAAGUUAGGUUUGUGUCAGUUAUCUUAACCUGUAGGAAAGAAAAAAUUCUGAACUGAUAAGUGAGCUCUGAAUUUAUUUGAUAGUCUUAACUUUGGAAUAACAUUUUUGACAAUAGAUUUAUUCCUUUAUCUGGUGAAGUAAUGCUAAUUUUAAUAAAGCAUCCAGAUUUUAAAUACUAAGAAACACUAAAACUAAUGAUUAAGGCUAAGUUUCAAGUUAUUCUAACAUUUUGCUGGCUUCUGUUGAGUUUCUGAUCACAAGAAUACUCUUUAUCUGUUUUUAAUAUAGAAAAAAAUUUUUAAGAAAGUAACUUUUGGUUGAUUUUAUAGUCUUCUGAAAAGAUUUAAUAGAGAACUGCUGUUUAAUCUUUGUAAGGUCUAUCUUCUCCUGUCCAGUUUGCAAAAUACACAUAUAUAGCUGGGGUAACAAAAGCAAAGUUUUGGGUGUAAUCACCUAGAUAAAUUGCCCAUAGGAACAGCACUGAUAUUAGAGAUUUUAUUCCUUAAAAAUUAGUAAUAAUAAUGUAAAGUCUGAACUGAUUAGAAUGUUGAUUAAAUCACAGUUUGAUUUGUUUUAGCUGUCAGCUAACUUUGCUUGAGCUCAUAUAAUUUAAAUAUAAUUUUCGAAUUAUUGUAUUGCCACUAUUGUUAAUUUGUUCCUUCCUUAUUUUAUCUCUAGAUCUUGUAGGAUUGUAGAUAAUAGCUAGCAAAAUGUAGAGCACCAUUUUUUUCUGAAUGAAUUUGUUUUCAAAAGCUUUGCACUAAAGAAGAAAUGUGUAGAAUUUUUUAUUUUAUUUUAAAAUGUGAAAAACACUUUUUGUUUUGUUAGCUUUUAGGAAUGUAGAUUGUAACUUAGGAACAGGCAUAUAUUCUACAGAGUGGUAUAAACAAUGUUGUAUAUGUAUGAAGAACACUGUAUUUGGUUUUAGUAUCUGUGUUUCUGUGACCAAAGAACAAAAGGAGGCUAAAUAUAUAUGACAGCCCAUUCAUAAUCACUAGAACCAUGUCAUGAUUGUCAUUCUCUUAUGAAGAAAAUAAUUUUAUUUUGGGUGCUUUAAUAUAAUGCAACAUGGAAAACAUCUUAAAUUGAAGAUUCCUUGGAGUUUGGAUUCUUCUCUAAAGAAUAUUAAAGUCUAAAGUUGAAAUUAACAAAAUUUUAUAAAUGUUCCUGAAGUAUAUAGAUUGAGGGCACUAUUUGAUUCUACCCAAACUCUUGAGUCUGUCUGAGCAUGAUAUUUAACAUGAAUGUAACAUAGUGGAUACACAUUGCCAUCAGGAUAAGUUCAGUGACAUCCCAGCAGGCAGAAGUGCUGUCCUAUGGGUGUCAGUUGCAGGCACUGAAUUGUUCAUCUUUUUCUUUUUGAACAGACUCAGAAUCUGUGUAUGAAUUUUCAUUGAACAUGUAAAUAAAAGCUAUUUUCUGCAUGGGAAAAGAAACGAAUGGGGCAAGAUCAAAGCAUAAAUUGGAAGUAAACAGUAAAAAUAGAAAAUAUAAAGCCCAAUAAGACAGCAUAAGAAGUGUUUCUUGUGAAGAAUAAACCUAACACCAUAAAGAUAGGGAAUAAAUUGUGGGCAAGGUUGUUCACUUGCGUUUAUUUCUUGGUAUAAUGAGCAGAUAGUGAGCCUGUUGUUUUCCUGUAUUAGAGAUCACUAAAAACAACCCAGUUUUAGGAGGUGAAAAUAAGUGUUUCUGUUACAAAUUAAAUUCCUGCUAGGAUUUUGUGUUCGGAAUCAUGUGAGAACUAAGGAGGAGAUUAAGCAGAAACAAAAAGGAAUAAAAUAUAGGUUAGAAAACAAAGACCUGAGAAAAAGUUGAAAGAAUUAUGGUCAUUUAACUCUAGAAAGGAGAAAGCUGUUGAGAUCAUUUACUAAGUCAUGAGUUAUUCACUGAGGCUUUUAUUGAAGGACUUAAGUACUAAUGUCAUACUGUUCUCCAUCUCUAGGGAGGAGGACAGAUCAGACAGAAAAUUUUUCAUUUUUUAAUACUUUUAUUUAUUUUUGUUUUUAAUAUAUUUUAUUUUAUCCCAUUCCCCCCCUCAAGCCCCCUCCUCUCCUUAUGUACAAAAGCUUUGUUUCCAUUUUUUCCUUCUAUUUUCACUUUUUUUCUUGUAUCUUCCUUCAAGAAAAAGGAUUUUUUUAAAAGACAGUAUGAAAUGCUUAAGAUUUAAGAAUUUCUUGGGCAGAAUUUCUCAUAAAAUCUCCCAUUUGAAAUAUUUUUUGUUUUUAAGGGAAUAAAAAUUGUUUAAUGUUAAGGGAUACACUAAAUGGCUUUUUAAAAGAUCUUUUCUUGCAACACAUAUUUUUAAAAAUUCAGAUUGGAACAAAAAAUCAUGUUGUAAAAAGCACUGAUAACAUUUGGAUUUCACCCUUACCUAUAAGAAUUUAGCUCACAAAAUAAUUUUUGUAUAUUUUGAGUAGCAGAUGCGUGAGUGCAAUGAAUAAAGACCUGCUUGGAUGUUAUUUUUUAGCUGACCUUGAGAGUUAAGUGAGAAAUUGAACACAAUUCUAUUUCUCUUAAAGAAUGUAUAGCAUUAUAGGAUAUUUGAGGGUUUUGUUUUAAAUAUAAAGUAUUGUUAGUUGGAUAUAGUAAUUCAGUAAAGAGGUUCUGAGAGAUUGGAUAUUUUGUAAUAUCUGCAUACUGAUACAACAGACGUGUUAGCUGUAGUCAACAGGAGAAAUUGUUCUAUGAACUGCUGCUAUUGAUGUUUUUUCCACAUGCUUUCCAUUGAUGUUUUUAAUGCUUGAAAAAAAAACCCAAAUUCUGCUUAGAUACAUCUAAUUUUUCUCUCUACCUCCCUCUUUCCCUAGGCACUCUUCAACAUUUUCUACCUGUGAAAAGCUAUUUAUAUGUUACCUCACUGAUAAGAUAUCUUAACUAUUCAUUCAAAAUGCUUUAAACUUACUCAUAAACUGUUUACUUAUGGACUUUUUAAUUUUAUUAUUGUCAGAUUAUUUAAGAUUAUUGUAAGAAGAAAUUUUAAAUCUGUUUCAUAAUCUAUUUUGGUCUGUCUGAUAUUGCUUUAUGUUAAUUUAUUAUAGCCCUUUAAAUUCAUUUGUUUUCUGAACUUGCUCUAGAAAUGAUGAGGAAGCAAUCAUACCAAAAUGGUCAGUUGAUCUAGCAUUUUAUAUCAGUUUCCUUAUACUUUGGGGAGCCAAAGCACAAAAUUUCCUCAAAUUUUUUCACAUAUUUCCCUCAAACCAUUUUACUCUAAGCCAUAAGUCUAAAUAGAGAGAGAAUGGCUCAUUUUCUGAUUCUUUACAAAGCAUAGCUUUAAUUCCAGUGGGAAACAAAAUUAGUAUUGGUUAUUUUCAAAUAUUUACUAUACUGUUACAUUUACCAAGUCAUCUUUCUUCUUUGUUAAUUCAAGACUAUGUACUUUAAUAAGAGAACCUACAAGAAUAAGUGAAAUGAUCAAAGUAGGAACAAAGUGACAUAUCUAGAGUUUGCGUCUCAAUUUUUUUCCACCAGCAGAACCCUAAAGCAGAGGAGCAUGAAGGGGAAGGAGGCCUGAGAGCAAAAUCAGAAGCAGCCCGCCACUGACAUGAAAUUUUGUGUUCUGACUUUAUAUUGUAAGUAAAUUUUGCAUUCGCCUUAAUAAAACUUCUAAUAUAGAAAUGAUAUCUUCAAUCUUCACUGAAACUGGUGCUGCCAGAAAGGAGCACUGUGUUUAUCAUGUGGCCUCUCAGUGUUCUCUCCUAACAUCUGCAUGCUCAAUUGCUGCAUAUCCCUGGGGGUAUACACACUGACCCCAGUAUGAGAAAGAUGAGCAUAGAAUAUAUGGAGGAUAUUCCCUGCACUUUAGAAACUGACCUUCUAAAUCACUAAUACUAAGUUAAGCUGACUUGAAACUGUUAUGUUACUGUUGAACCUUAUUAUACAGUCUGAGAUAUUGGCCAAUUUGUUCUCUUUAACUUAUUGAGAUUCCUUGACUAAGAAGGAGCACUCAUCAUUUCUUGACACCUAAAAGAAAAGGAGAGAAAAGAGCUCUUAGCUCCCUGAGAGCAAGAAGCAUGAUUUGUAAUUUUUCAUAUCCAUAUACCUAAUUUAGUACCUGUUAUAGAGUGCUUAAUUUGUUUUAAUAGAAAUUAAGGGAUCUUAUUUUAAGGAAGCAAAUAGCUUUUUAAAAUUAAAAAAUGUUUCUAAUUUGGUUUUUUUACAUGACUCUCAUUACUGAAAUUUAUAAGUGAUGUAAUAAUCAGUUUCUGUGGGGAGAGCAGAGCACCUUUCUACAUGGAAAUUAUGUAUAAUGCCCAGUAUUUUACAUCCAAAGCAAGCUGCUAGCCAGAAAGGGUAAGAAAAUAUCUAUGUAGAUUUGAUACGUAGUCUAAGUGUGAUUUUGAGCUUACUAAUCAUACCUUCUAAGUAAGUUACAACUAAUUUAAUACUAUUUGGUCUGUUUUUGCCCAAUGUUAUGAUUCAUUAUGUGUCUUACUUUAUAUUAAAAAACAAAAGUCUGCUUCUGUAUAUGGUGAGGCCUUCCUGUUAUAGGCUAAAGUAAGCUUUGAGUAUACAUCAUUAGAUAUGACAUCAAAUAUAUACAGUUAAGAAUGAAUUAUUUUUCUACGUGUGUAGCAAUAGUUCAAAAUUGUACCCCCAUUUUAACAGUUUUUGUCAACAUCCAUUUUUUUUCCUACAAAAAUACCAGGGUGAAUUAUAAACUACUGCCUGUGAGAAUUUGCACUUUAUGUAUUUGUGUGUGAAUUUCUUGUGGUUUUAGUCAAAAGAAGUGUUAUCAGUAAUAAACAGGUCUCUUUAUUGGCAUGA